CAGAGCAUUCUGCUUGUAUCAGCAGGUCAGUAAAGAUGGCGGCGGAGGAGAGCAGGUUGAAGCAGCGGAAUCACACAAACAGCAUCUUCAAAGACGGCGGGUUCAAACCAGACAAACCCACGAUGACGCGUGACGAGGACGAGGACGACCUGCUAGAGGAGGAGGUGGGUGUGGCCCGGCCGGUGCAGAUCGUGGUGGCGGAUGAGGAGGAGCACUCGUUUUCGCUGCAGGAGGAGGCGUUGGAGCGGCUGCUGCUGCAGGAGGAGGUGCAGGACCUCCACGUGGUCGUUGUCUCCGUGGCCGGAGCUUUCCGCAAGGGCAAGUCCUUCCUGCUGGACUUCAUGCUGCGCUUCAUGUACAAACAGUCGUCUGGUUCAUGGGUCGGCGGGGAGGAGGAGCCUCUGACCGGCUUCACCUGGCGAGGCGGCUGUGAGCGGGAGACGACGGGCAUCCUGGCCUGGAGCGAGGUGUUCGUGGUGGAGAAACCAGACGGCAGUAAGGUUGCAGUUCUACUCAUCGACACACAGGGGGCGUUUGACAGCCAGUCCACCAUCAAAGACUGUGCCACGCUGUUUGCUCUGAGCACCAUGACGAGCUCGGUCCAGGUGUACAAUCUGUCGCAGAACGUCCAGGAAGACGACCUGCAGCACCUCCAGCUCUUCACUGAGUACGGGCGGCUCGCCAUGGAGGAAGUCUACGAGAAACCCUUUCAGACACUGAUGUUCCUGAUCCGGGACUGGAGUUACCCCUACGAGCACCCGUACGGACUGGAGGGAGGGCAGAGCUUCCUGGAGAAGAGACUGCAGGUGAAGCAGAACCAACACGAAGAGCUGCAGAACGUCAGGAAACACAUCCACUCCUGUUUCUCCAACAUCAGCUGCUUCCUGCUGCCUCACCCUGGGCUCAAGGUGGCCACGAACCCGCACUUCGACGGACGCCUCAGAGAUAUCGAUGAGGACUUUAAGAAGGAGCUGGUGAACCUCGUCCCCACGCUGCUCUCUCCAGAGAACCUGGUGGAGAAGGAGAUCGGAGGAGUGAAGAUCUCCUGCAGAGACCUGCUGCACUACUUUAAAGCCUACAUGAAGAUCUAUCAGGGGGAGGAGCUUCCUCACCCAAAGUCCAUGCUGCAGGCAACAGCUGAAGCCAAUAACCUUGCAGCUGUAGCAGGAGCCAAAGACAUGUACAACAAAAGCAUGGAGCAGGUCUGCGGCGGGGACAAACCCUACAUCUCGCCGACAGAGCUGGAGCGCCGCCACGCAGAGCUACGGCAGGCAUCCGUGCGACACUUCCGCUCAGUGAAGAAGAUGGGCGGCGAGGAUUUCUGCCGGCGUUACCAGGAGCAGCUGGAGGCGGAGCUCGACGAGGCGUACGCCAACUUCAGCAAGCACAACGACGGCAAGAACAUCUUCUACGCGGCGCGGACGCCCGCCACGCUGUUCGCCGUCAUGUUCGUCAUGUACGUGAUGUCCAUGGUCACCGGCUUUGUGGGCAUCAAUUCUGUGGCCACCAUGUGUAACCUGGUGAUGGGCGCCGCACUGACGGCGCUCUGCAUCUGGGCCUACGUUAAAUACUCCGGGGAGUUCCGCGAGGUGGGAGGAGUCAUCGACCAGGUGGCAGAGACUCUGUGGGAGCAGGUUUUCUCCAAACUCUUCGAAGUGGCUCGGAGUAAAGUUCCUCUGGGCAGCCUGAUCCCGUCGCCGCGGCCCCGGCUUGCCUCAAACAACAACGUGAAGAAGAAAAACUAGCAGCACGCCUCGGUGGUCACCUCUACUCCCCCUCCUCCCCCGGCUCGGUUUGAAACAACGUUUUUAGGACGGUUUGAGACGUGUAAAUCAGUUUUUGUUCUCUGACUGUAGACGGUUCCUGGCUGCAGGAGCCGACGUAGACCAGGACGAGGCAGCGUGAUGUAUUUUAUUAUUUGUCAGUGGGCGGGGUUAAGGUAUUUAUUGGUGGGCGGGGCCAUAAUUCUAUCACUGAUCAUCAUCCCAGGUGUGUGUUCACCUGUCGACAUUAAUGAUUCCAUUUUUUGUGAAUGUAUGAGUGAAGAGCAUGACCACAGACCCUCCUCCUCUUGUUUCCCUCCCCUCCUAACCGCCGUCGCCUCCUGAUGUGGGCGGAGUCUCUGUGGAGGAGGAGUCCCGACCAAAGUUUACAGCUUUACUCUUAGCGGCUCUCAGACUGAACUAGCGACUGACUGACAAACGGGAAACUGUAGAUAACUGACGGCCGAACUUCAGGGAAACUUUGAGUUUCUUUCUCACCAGGAAUCACAAACUUCCUGCCAUGUUUGACUUCUUUAUCCCGCUGAUUGGCUCAACCGCAGUAUGUCAAAGAAAUCUGAUAAAUACCCGGGUUUGGAGAGUCUUUGAGGGGUAAAUUUAGACUCUUUUCUUUAGUUUUCACCAAAGUCUUGAGGGAAUUUUAGCGCUAAUCUAUUCUCUUCUACUCAUCCGAGGCCAGAUCAUGAUAGCUGAACUAGUCGACCAGGGAUCCUUUUCCCUGCGGGGAUCUCUUGCUCCUCCAGGGAGAUCCAGAGAAGAUCCCGGGCUAGAUGGGAUUUAACCUCCUGAGCUUUUGUUUGAAUACAUUUUUAGUUGAUCCCUUUUAUUUGGGAUCAGAAGGAUCUUAAACGUAUAAAGCCUGAGCCUUGUCUGGGAGCAGGAAGUUGUUUUUGGCUAAUCUUACUAUACAACACACAACAAACACUGUUCUUUACUUGUUGGAGGAUAUUUCACAGAGAAAAUGUUUCUAAGUGUUAAAGACGGCUCCUAGACAAACUCUGGAAGGUUUCUGACCUCCUGAUGAUGAACCAUAAGAACACGUUAAGGCCAAGGAUGGACUGAUUUCCCUCUAGAACAGUGUUUCCCAACCAUUUUUCCUUGGAGCCCCCCUUACGUGUACCUAAGAAAAGUGGGGCCCCCCAGGACCCAAGAGAGAAGAAAAAGUGACAUCCUGACAUCAAAAAUCAUCCCUGAUUUUAAUUGCUUCACUGAUAAGACCCUAAAAAACGGCCUGUACAUGUGUUUCUUCUCAAAAGACCUUUGUAUAAAAUACUUAAAAACUGCUUAAUCAAAGUUCAAGUCAAAAUUUGCAAAUCUAAUUUUGGCAGCCUCAGAUCAGACAUAGCCCCCCCCCCCCCCAAAAGAUCUUUGCCGCCCCCCCAGGGGGUCCUGGACCCUAGGCUGGGAAACAAUGCUCUAGAAGUUCUAAAGGUCUUUAAAAAUCCUUUAAAAGGAUUAGAAGUUUCAAAAACAUAAACAAAAAAUCCAAAAUAUUUUUAUGAAAUAUCUGACCUUUUUAAACAUCCCUUAAGAAUGCCCAAAAUGUCCUUAAAUAUUCCCCAAACAUUUCACUUUUCCUUUCUGAGAAAGCCUAAAGAUUUAUUUUUAAAAAAUCUAUAAAAAUUCCUGGAAAUUUAAUUAAUUUCAAUUCUCUCUUUAAGUUCCUAAAAGUUUUCCAAACAGGAGAAAAUUUAAAAGCAAGCAACCCCCAAACCUCUCCAAACUCUCCAAAUAUACAAACACCUCCAACAGUUUAAGAAAAUGCCUGGAAAUUUCAAAUUCCCGACAUUCCAAGCCAAUAACUGAAACUUCCAUGGAAAUCCUGGAGAGUUACCUGAGAAAUUCUAACAGCAGGAAUUCUUACUGUAGGAGGAAAGCCAAAAAUAAACGUCUUAUGCACAUGCGGGUCUCAGGAGGAUCUGGUCCCUCCAGCAAGUUCCAGGUCUACCCUGGAGUCUCCUACUUGGUAGGACUGGAGGAUCUCCACAGGGAGGCGCCAAAGAGUCUUUCUGACUGGAUGUGUGAACCACUUUAACCCUGACCCUGACCCUCAGGCCGAGCCCGGCCAUCCUCCAGAGGAGUCUGUUAGCCGCUUGUUCCAGGUUCUUCUAGUCCUGAUCCAGAGCUCAGGACCGCUGCUGAAGGUUAGAACCAAGAUCGUCCAUAAAUCCAAAGCUUUUCACCCCCGUCUCUGCCCGUCAGCCAAUCUCUCGCCCCGUUGUUAAUGAACCAGACCAGAAACCCUAGACCUCCUCUGUUUUUGACAGUAUUAUGCAGACCUAACCCCCCUGCUCUCUAGGACAAGUUUGAUCCUGGAUUAAUUGUAGGAAACUGAAGCUACAUUUCCCUGAAGCCGGCCGACCCCUGAAGUAGCAUCACUGACUCGUAUCAUUGGACCGGAGCAUGACUUGGUUCAUUUUAUUAGAGUUUUAAUGUAAAAAUCCUGACAUUCAGUAUUUUUUUAUGGUUCUCAGAUCACGUAAAGGUUCAUUAUUUUAGCAGGAGUCCCGGGUAGAGUGGAUCAGGUACUAGUUCUCUACUGACUGAAGUUUAUCCUACAGGUACACCCGCUGUUCUCAAACCUCCACGCUGUUUGGACUGGUUUUGGGCUCUAAAUGACUUCCUACUGGUGCAGACGUUUGAGGAAUGAUCAGAGAGGUGGCUCAAACACGAGGCUGAGGAAAUCUACCAGAGAAAUAAAAGUAGAGCCGAUGAGGAACCAAGAACCUUCCUCCACGGCUCCUCCUGUCAGCCUGAACCUUUUCUAUCUUUGGCUCAAAAUGAAUUCUGUAUUUCUGCUUUGGUCGUUUCUUAUUAGCAAAAAUGUUUGGUGGUUCUCCAGUAAACCGUUAAGCUAGCAGCAGUGAAACAGGCUGCAGACGCAGCGUUGUUACCCGUGUUUUAUGAACAUAGCACUUUGAUAAGAAGCACUUCACCCCAACGAGACUACAGCCGGUACCGUCUGUUUCACUGCUGCAGGCUGGAGAAAUCUGAGGAACUAAAAGUUUCAUUAAACCCCCGUGGUCUUCAGUACUCCUGGAUUUCUGUUUUUGAUGCUGAUCUUAAACUGCAGAUUAGAGGAGGAUAGAGACCUCCUCUGUUUCAGAAGUCUCAUCCUGCAGCGGUGAAGCGUUUUUCAGCGUCUACCUCCGCUGAUGAACCAAGCACUUUGACGUUUAGCCUGAACUGACCAUGGCGUCUGUUUCCCUGCUGCAGGACGGACAGAUCCACGGUACUUCUCUGCAUCUUUCAGUCACUUAGAGCCCAAAACGUGAAACCAGUCGAGGUUUAAAGCUCUGAAACACUAUCCUGAUCUCCAGCAGAGACAGAAGUCUUAACUCAUCCUGAUAUUCUUUAUUUAUCUGAACAUUUCCAUGAUUAGUCUUUCUGAUGCUAAUGGUCAUUCCUUUAAUUCUUUCCUCCAGUCCGUGGUGAGACGCAGAGAUGAAAUUUAACUCAUUCCUCCUCUUUGUCCUCAUGUUUUUAAAGCACCACAGAACACUAGGAGUCCAGUUUGUGCUCGUUUUUUUUUUCUCUUCUGUCACAUAAACACGCUAAAGACGACGCUUCUGUUUUAAAGCCAAAACUUUGUGAAUAGACGCAUCGAAGACUCCAAACGUGGACCUGGAUCACAUGGUUUCUCUUGAUCAUUCCAUCCACCACGCCCUCACCACCGCGUGCUUUUUGUUUUGUACAGUUUAGUUUUGUACAGCCUCCUCCACACUCACAUAGGGCAUGUGUAUGAAUAUAUAUAUACAUAUAUAAAUAUAAAUUUUCUAGAACCUUUUGUAGCUGGAGGGCGGACGCUGCGGCUGUUAGACCACAUUCAGCUCACUGGAUGUAAAGGAAUGCUUUUGUGACGUGUGGAUAUGUCUAAUAAAAUUCCUUUUUUAUAUAUAUUUGUAAAUUUAAUCCGACAUGAGCACUGCGAUUCCACCCCUGCUGGCAAAGAAUGUUUAUAAUCUGGAUCUUUUUUUCUCUUUGUCUUCUGUUGCAUUUUAAAGUUAUUUUCGUUAAUUUAUUUUUCAGUACAAUAUUAAACCAAACUCCUACAACACGA